GUGUAUCAGCACGAAAAUGAUUUCUCUGUGAGCUACAAGAAUAAGAUGGAAAUUUUCUUGUUAUCUUCCUGUUUCCUUGCUCUGAUUGUAUCAGCGAGCUCUUUGCAGACCUCAAAAGGACAAUCACCACAUAAUGAGGUUGCUUUCGCCAAUUUUCUUGCUCACGAAGGCUCCUAUUUGAACAUUACAUAUGUUGGGAAAGAACUGGUCCAACACUCCUUAGAGUGUGCUUUUAAAUGUCUCUAUGAGGAUCCAUGUUUGUCCUUCAACCUGGCAGAUUUGGCUGAUAACAUCGAAAAUCUGCUAUGUGAACUGCUUCCAUCGGAUAUUUUCACCCAUUCAGACAAGUUCAUUAUCAACCAUUCUUGGUAUCACUACAGUAUUACGUCUCCAUGCUCGAUAUCGCCCUGUCAGAACAAAGGGACCUGUGUACCUCUGUAUCGGACAAACAGUUACAAGUGUCGCUGUACGGAAGCAUAUACAGGAAGACACUGCGAAAGAGUUAACAAUGACUGCACGUGUUCAUCAGGACCAGAAGGAAAACAGCGGUGUAAUAUAGAGUACCUCAUGGUGUUUCCGGAGCCGCGUUCUACAGAAAAUUAUGCCAUGAAGAAUCCAGCCAUAGCCUCAGAUCUCAGCCAGCUGUCAGUGUGUUUUUUUAUCAAACUUAUUGCAGACCAAGGGGAUCAGUUUGUCAUUACCUAUGCCAUUCAACAAGAAGACAAUAGCAUUUUGGUCGCAAUUAAUCCAACCCUGUAUCUGGUAGUUGAUGGUAAUAGAUUCAGGUUUGAGGCGAGAAAUCUUUACAAUGAUACCUGGAAACACUUGUGUCUCACCUGGGAAAACAGUCAAGGAGUAGCAAAACUCUAUAGAGAUGGCAAAGUUAUAGAACAGAAAACGAAUACUAACAGCAAGAACGCUAUCGUUAAAUCUGGCGGCGCUCUGGUGCUUGGACAAGAGCAAGACUCUGUUGCCGGAGGUUAUGACCCUAAGCAAACUCUUCACGGCCGAUUGGCAGGUGUCAACGUUUGGGAUAAAGUUCUGUCCGAAAGCGACAUUGCCGCCCAGUACACAAGUUGUAGCAUACCUCAUGGUUCUGUUCUGAAAUGGUCUGCAUUCAAAAAUCUUACUCAUGGCAAUGUCACAGUUGAAGAGCCGUGA